GGCGUGCGACGGAAGCGGCGCGUUCUCUCGGCGGGAAUAUCAUGGCGCCCGGCGUGCAAACGGGGAGCGGCAGCAGCUCUGAGCCGGUUUCGCCGGAAGGCCUUCGAAGCUGGAUCCGGGGCGCCUACCGCUUCGCCACGGACCGCAACGAUUUCCGAAGGAACCUCAUUGUUAAUUUGGGACUCUUUGCAGUUGGAGUUUGGGUAGCGAGAAAUUUAACAGAUAUUGAUUUGAUGGCACCGCAGCCGGUAGCAUAGCAGAGAUGAUCUCUGAAGUAGAACUCGCUGAAGUCAGAACAGAACAUCUUGCUAUAUGAAAAAAUGAGUUGCAAUUGAAACGACAUUUUGCAUAGAUGUUACUUUCCAAACUGCUUCUGUUCCAAGUAUUAGAGGCUUCGGUAGGUCUGCAAACUCAAUUAUGAAGUAAUAGUGACAACACUGAAGCAAUGUUUUAUGUGUACAUUUCAUUAUGUUCAUUUCCCUGGUUUGGGAGCAAAGAGUUUGGCGUCUAAGUAAAAUUGUAGUCCUUAAAGCUCUGCUCUUUUUUGUGCUAGUCAGCUAUUCAAAAGCUAUUCAAAAUGUAAGAUAAAAUUAUUUUGUAGAAUGAAUUGCUUUCUGAGUUUAACAGCUUCUACAUUGCAAAAUAAAGACAUGUCAGUGCA